AUGAAUGGUGAUCCUGCCCAAGGUUCAUUUAACUUUGAUCUUUUAAUAGAGAUAGAUCAUCAGAAACAAAGACUUUAUCUUAUCACCAACGCGGAAAAUCUGUUGGGAAGAGAGAUGUCGAGUUAUUCUACUUCUGUUACAUUAUCGAUAUAUAAGGAUCCCCAGAAUGAUGGUGCGCAUGGGAUUUUAACUCGAUUACCUUGGUUAUGGUGA